GCUAGCUAACCAACAUGUCUCCCGAGAAAAUAUUUAACAAUGAAAGACAGCUCCAGUCGCGGGGAAAAUUAACAUCAAUAAAACCUCAGUCAUGACCAGCGAGGGACCAAUGGACGGGGCAGCCGGCUGCAUUGGGCGCCCUCACCCUCCAUCUGUGCAGGACGCUGAGAUGAAAAAAGUUCUCAGUGCACAAGCAUGUCAAGUCCUUGCUGAGCUGCGCAAGACUGGAGAGCUCUGUGAUGCCAUCAUAAAGGUUGAUGACUGGUCAUUCCCCAUUCACCGCAACAUUCUCUCUGCCUGCAGUCCUUACUUUCGAGCAUUGUUCACUAACUCACGCUUCGACCAGAACACACAGGAGAUCCGCAUCACUGGCAUCAACCCGGACAGUAUGGCAGCCAUCAUUGAUUAUGCUUAUACACGCCAUGUUAAGUUAAGUUGGACCAACAUUGAAGAACUUUUACCUGCGGCUGAUCGGUUCCUUGUAUCUGGCCUGGUGAAACCGUGCUGCGAAUUUCUCAAGAAAAGUAUCAACCCCGAGAACUGUAUAGGCAUUCGCAACUUUGCCCAGACCUACUCCUGUAGGGAUUUAGAGAGGGAAGCUCAUAACUUUAUCCUUAGAAAGUUCCAUGAAGUAUCCACCACAAGUCAGGAGUUUCUAGAGAUGCCAAUAGACCAGCUUUGUGAGAUCCUGGACUCCGACUAUCUCAACGUUCGAAACGAAGAAAUGGUAUUUGAUGCGGUCAUCAGGUGGAUUGAUUUCAACCCGGACGACAGGAAACAGGAGAUUGCUCGGCUGCUAACGUGCAUUAGACUGGGUAUCAUCACAACUCGAACCUUCAUAGAAAAGGUAAAACCACACAAAUAUGUAAAAGAAUGUGAAGCGGCCAAAUCAAUCGUAGUGGAGGCGCUACGUCUGCUCUGUGACCUGGACUGGGACGACCAGCGCACGACAGAUCCUUCCAACCGGAUGUCCAGGCCCAGGGUGCCCCACGAGCUCCUGUUCGUGGUGGGGGGCUGGAGCGGCGGGACCCCCACUAACUUGGUAGAAGUCUACGACACGAAGGCCGACUCAUGGGUCGUCUCGAAGCAUCAUGACGUUGGUGCAAGAGCCUAUCACGGCUGCGUUACCAUUGAUCAUUGCAUUUUUGUGAUUGGCGGAUUCGACGGAGUGGAAUAUUUCAACAGCUGUCGCGUGUUCAAUGCCGUCACAAAGGCCUGGUCAGAGAUGGCACCAAUGAACUCUAAAAGGUGUUACGUGAGUGUUGCUGAGUUGGAUGGUUUGAUCUAUGCCAUGGGAGGGUUUGACGGGCAGCUCCGUCUCCACUCGGUCGAACGGUUCAACAGACAGACGAACCAGUGGAGCUUCAUCCAAUCUAUGAACCACCAGCGUAGUGAUGCCAGGGCUACUACAAUGGGCGGCAGAAUCUACAUUUGUGGUGGUUUUAACGGCCAGGAGUGUCUGAACACGGUGGAGUAUUAUGAACCAUCGACAGUGCAGUGGACGCUUAUCAGCCCAAUGCGUAAUCGUCGCAGUGGUGUUGGUGUGAUUGCCUACAAUGGUAUGAUCUAUGCACUCGGCGGCUUCAAUGGGAUUACACGUAUGAAUACAGGGGAACGAUACUGCCCAAUCAAGAAAACGUGGUCAACCAUUCCAGAAAUGUACAGUCCGAGAAGUAACUUCGCUAUUGAGGUUAUUGACGAAAUGAUUUUCGUUAUCGGCGGCUUUAAUGGUGUGACAACCAUAUUUAAUGUAGAGUGUUACGACUCGAAGGCGGAUGAGUGGUACGAUGCCCAUGAUCUAAGCCUGUACCGAAGUGCACUGAGUGCCUGUGUAGUGCGUGGCCUGCCCAACGUGCUGGAGUACAUCCACAGUGACCCGUAACACAAGCCUUGCACAGAAAAAUGAACCGUAACACAAGCCUUAUACAGAAAAAUGAACCGUAACACAAGCACUGCACAGACAAAUGAACCGUAACACAAGCCUUGCACAGAAAAAUGAACCGUAACACUAGCAUUGCACAGAAAAAUGACCCGUAACACAAGCCUUGCACAGAAAAAUGAACCGCAACACAAGCCUUGCACAGAAAAAUGAACCGUAACACAAGCCUUAUACAGAAAAAUGAACCGUAACACAAGCCUUGCACAGAAAAAUGAACCGUAACACAAGCCUUAUACAGAAAAAUGAACCGUAACACAAGCCUUAUACAGAAAAAUGAACCGUAACACAAGCACUGCACAGACAAAUGAACAGUAACACAAGCCUUGCACAGAAAAAUGAACCGUAACACUAGCAUUGCACAGAAAAAUGACCCGUAACACUAGCAUUGCACAGAAAAAAUGACCCGUAACACUAGCAUUGCACAGAAAAAUGAACCGUAACACUAGCAUUGCACAGAAAAAUGAACCGUAACACUAGCAUUGCACAGAAAAAUGACCCGUAACACAGGCAUUAUACAAAAAACACGAACAAGUCAUGCCCAUUUCAAUUUACACAAAAAAAAACACAAUGAAGAAAUGUUAGAUUCCCUCGCUUUGAAUAGUGUUAGACUUAGUUGUUAGUAAAACAUUUCUAAAAUGGUUCAUGUGUCUAUGAUACCAGGAGAAUUUUAUCUUUGUUUUUCUUUAGUUUGUAAUCAUUACAUCAAUUUCAGGUAAUGCACAGCCAUCAUUCUGGGAUUUGUAGAACAUUAUUUUUCUCAUGGAUUAUUCUUCUCCUGGAUUAUCGCUAGGUGUUUCUUUCAUGUUUUGUAAGGCUCUGGAAAGUUAAGCUGACAAUACUGUCCUGUUGGAGGCCCGGAGAUAUCAGGCGAAUACUUUCGUCCUCUGCAAGGCCCAGGGGCAUUAGGUAGAUUAUACUGCCCUUUGCUGGCCUUGAAUGUUUCUUCUCGUGCAUAAAUGCCGCAUGAACAAAGCGUCUUUACAGGCACGCCAGCAAAGUACGGGCCAAUUUUUUUUUUCUUGCUUCGUUUCCAGAUUUUUAUUUUUUUUAAAUUAGAGAUCGUUAAAGAGAGAUAUGCUGUUUAUUUUAGAACAGUAGGCUUGAAAACUUUUUUUUUUUAAAUGUUGAGAUAGAUCUAUAUUGUAUUAUGGAAAUUUAAGGAAUUUCAUUAUUUUGUGUGAGCCUAUCAGCCAUGUAUAUCUGACGAUGUGCUGCUCUUUGUUUGACAUCUCUUUAGCAGCUUGCCACGCCUUACGGUCAUUUCUUUAGUACUAUGGUCAUUCAGUUAAAAACCGCACUGUAAUCCCUGACCACGUACAAGGGUAUCGUCCACUAAGCGAGUCUUACACUGCCGUACUGGUUCACUAACUUCGUGAUCAAUGCACAGUUUUGAUUUUUUGGAAUCGUGUUUCGUAUGUCUAUUAAAGAUUUCGGGGAUUGUUACUCAAACUAUAUAUUCAUCUAGAACAAAUACUUAGAGCACGUGACAUUUGUGUUACAUCACUCAAGCGUUACAUCACACGUGUGUUUAGUGAAGCACAUCCAGCACGUGUUUCUAGCACGUGUUUGGUAGGAAAAAACACAUAUAAACACAGGAUCUAAAUAAAACAAAUGUGAAGGAUUGCCAGAUAAAAAAAACAACAUUUUAACUUAUUAUUGAAUGGGACAGUUAAUCUGUAUGCUCAUCAAUGACCACUCAGAUUCCGAAUCGGUCUGUUUACUCAUCAAAAGGUCAAACUGCUACCUAUAUUGUUUUAUUUUGGUCUGAAAGCUCAUCAAUGACCAGUUAAACUUGUAAAGAGCACAUGCUUGUGCAGUAUCCAAAUAAA